AUGAGUAGAAUCGUCAAACACCCUGUCAUCGCUCUUUUGGAUUCCGGCACUACGUUCAAAGAAGUACGCCAAAUCCAUGCCAAGCUCUUGAUCAACGGGACACUCAACGAUGACCAUCUCGUGGGUCAGUUCGUAAAGUCAGUAGCUUUGAGUGAUCAGAAACACUUACACUACGCUAAUCAGAUCCUGGACAGGUCUGCUAAACCUACACUGUUUGCUCUCAACUCUAUGAUCAGAGCACAUUGCAAAAGCCUUGUUCCAGAGAAAAGCUUCGAUUUUUAUAAAAAGAUACUUCGGUCCGACCUUAAACCGGAUAACUACACUCUCAACUUCUUGGUUCAGGCCUGCUCUGGGAUAGGUAUGCGUGAGACAGGGCUUCAGGUUCACGCUACGACCCUAAGACGCGGUUUUGACAAUGACCCUCAUGUCCAAACCGGGUUGGUUUCUUUGUAUGGUGAGCUAGGGUGUUUGGAUUCUUGCCAUAAGGUGUUUGACUCGGUUCCUUGUCCGGAUUUCGUGUGUCGGACGGCGAUGGUCACGGCCUGUGCGAGAUGCGGGGAUGUGGGUUUUGCGAGGAAGUUGUUUGAGGAGAUGCCGGAGAAAGACCCUGUUUCUUGGAACGCUAUGAUCUCUGGCUAUGCUCAGGUUGGAGAGUCGAGGGAGGCUCUGGACUUGUUUCAUUUGAUGCAGUUGGAAGGUGUGAAAGUCAACGCGGUGUCGAUGAUUUCGGUUUUGUCGGCUUGUACUCAGUUGGGAGCUUUGGAUCAGGGGAGAUGGGCUCAUUCAUACAUAGAGAGAAACAGAAUCAAAAUCACUGUGAGGCUUGGUACUACCUUGGUCGACUUGUACGCGAAAUGUGGUGACAUGGACAAGGCUAUGGAGGUUUUCUGGGGUUUGGAAGAGAGGAAUGUGUACACGUGGAGUAGUGCCCUGAAUGGGUUUGCAAUGAAUGGGUUCGGGGAGAAAUGUCUGGAGCUUUUCUCUCUUAUGAAACGAGAGGGUGUUGCUCCAAACGCUGUCACGUUCGUCUCUGUUUUAAGAGGUUGCAGUGUGGUUGGUUUGGUAGAUGAAGGGCAGAGACAUUUUGAUUCCAUGAGGGAUGAGUUUGGGAUUGAGCCUCAGCUUGAUCACUACGGCUGCUUAGUUGAUUUGUAUGCUCGUGCUGGCCGCUUAGAAGACGCAGUCAGUAUAAUCCACCAAAUGCCCAUGAAGCCUCACGCUGCUGUUUGGAGUUCUGUGCUCCACGCAUCUAGAAUGUACAAGAACCUUGAACUUGGUGUGCUCGCAUCUAAAAAAAUGCUUGAGCUAGAGACUACAAAUCACGGGGCUUACGUCAUGUUAUCAAACAUCUAUGCAGAUUCAGACAAUUGGGACAACAUGAAGAAGAGAAAGAGGAUGCCUUGUGUCUGCAUAGCGAAAAGGCAGCGAUUGCGUUUGGUAUAA